AUGCCUGUCGUGAAGGGCGCGAAGGCAGCGACUGGGCGGCGUGUGACUGCAACCACCUCAACUAAAAAGACCCCCAUCGCCGGUAGCGGAAAUAAAGAAGUGACGAGGGAGGCACCCGCAUCUAAAGGUGGGAAAACUGUUGGGGAUUUGCCAUCAGGAGUUGAGAAUUCCCGUCAGGUGGCAGGAGCGGGAGUGAAUUUAGCCAAAGCGCCAUCGCCAGGUGGUGGUGAAGUGCCCGGCACCGGCCUCAAGAAAGGCGCUGCAGCAAGUCGGAAAAAGGGGACGGAAACGACUUUACGUCCGGGAUUGCGACCCACAAACCACAAAACUUCAACUAAAGCAUGUGAGGAGGCCAAAACGGGACGCGGCACCGAUGAUCCGUUAGCCCCACCAGAGCAGAAGAGGGAAAUGAGGAAUAUCAUCACCAAUACUCCGAGUGAAGGCCGUGGAAGCGGCGCAGGAUCUGAGCAAACGGUGGUGGGAAAAGACGGUUCAACUCAGCCAAUCUCACGCUGCUCAACCAUGGUCGAAGAAUUGGAUGGGACCUAUACGGCAAUAGAGCAGUUGCCUCCAAUACCUCAUGGGCGAGCAGGAGAAGCGGGUCCUGAGCCGACGAGUCAUUUAGUUUCGGUAGGAAGCGGUAAAAAUGAACGUACCAAAGGGUGUAGCGGAGUAGUGGCGUCAUCUUCAGUGGUUUCAGCGGGAUUAGUGGGGACAGGACCCCGUGGCAAGGGAUCAAAGAAUGAUGCGUCAAAAAGUAAAAAAGUUCCGACUCUAAACUGUGCCGCCUCGGAUAGUGAUGAUGAUGAUGAUAACGAUGACGAUGAUGAUGAAGAUGAUGACGAAGAAGACGAUGAGGAGGAUGACGACGACGAGGAAGACGAUGAGGAGGAUGACGACGAAGAGGAUGAUGAUGAUGAGGAUGAUGACAAUGAAGAUGAAGAAGAUGAUGAUGAUGAGGAGGAUGAUUGUGAUGAUGAUGGGGAUGAUGAUUCAGACGUGUUUGAUGGCGAGCACGGUCAAACUCACGGGAAAGCCAGAAAUGCGAAGGCCGCAGAACUCAAGUGGAUGAGGCGCCAGAAAGUUACCGUGAAGGUAUCACGUGAAGGGGACCGUAAUGUAAAAAUUUUUUUCAUUGGCCUAUCUACGCGGUUCUCACAAUUUCGGAGCAACAUCAAGCGGCGGUUCGGCUAUGAGAGAAUGGGUGAUUUUGAUAUUUAUUGCAUCAAUGCUGCGGGUGAUCACGUGGAUAUUGAUGUUUCCAAAGACUUUAGGAAUCUCGUCACGCAGUUCCUCAAGAGGUUAAUGACAGAGGGAGGAAAAGAGGUCUGUGCAAGUCAAACGGUACCGAAGCCAACGUGCGCCUCUGGCCGAGGCAGUCCAAGUGCGGCAGCGAGUCCACUCUCACGCCGAUUUGUGGCGAGUGAGGCACGGGCAGGUAGUGCAGCUCUAACACGCACACCCGUAAUAGCGCAUGAAUUUCAAACGAGCGUAGAGGAUGGUAGUUGUAGCAACACGACGGUGCUUCGCCUUUACGUGCGUGAUUCGCACAAGAUCCGGCAGCGGGAGGAGCAGCGUCGGUUGUUGGGAUCUCAGAUUGGUUUGCCGGAUACACGCAAGCAACUCAUGCCGGAGCAAUCUGCAACAGAGAUGCCCAUGCAGGUAGAGAAGCGGGAUGAGCAGGAUGUCAUGUCGCCUAAUCCUUCUUCAAGUCAUGUAAACACCGAUUGUCUCACCUCCACUUUUGGUACCGUCUCGACUCAACUUAACAGAACGUCAAGUACGUUAAAUCAUACACUUGUAAUUACUGAGGACUCAGAGCUGCAGUGGAGUAAGGUGGGUGUACUGGGCAAAGGAUCCUUUGGUUGCGUGUACGAGGGUAUUUCCAACGAUGGUAAAAUAUUUGCUGUGAAGGUGCAGGAUAUACCAUUUUCUGAAGACACGGCGGAGCUUGAAGGUGUUUUGCGCGAGAUUAAUCUGAUGCGUUCCUUGAAGCACCCCAACAUCGUGGCGUACUACGGAUGCCAGACGAAAGUUCAGGAAAGUGGCGCGCGCUGCUUGGAGAUAUUCCUUGAGCAUUGUCACGGUGGUAGCUUGACGCAGCUGCGACGGAAGUUUGAGCGAGCAAAGGAAUCGUUUUCAAUUUCCCUCGUGCGAACGUAUACCAGACAGAUACUUCAGGGUCUUUCCUAUUUGCAUAGUAUGAAGGUUGUCCAUCGCGAUAUUAAAAGCGACAACGUUCUUAUUUCUUCCCAGGGUGAAGCAAAGCUCGCUGACUUUGGUUGUAGCAAGCGUAUUGGCACAAGUGCCAUGCAGGAUUGUGGAAAUACGGGUCCCGGUGGCCAAACAUUUGUUGGAACCCCCUUUUUUAUGGCACCAGAGGUUCUAAGUGGCAACGGCAAUUACGGUGCCCCGGCAGAUGUUUGGUCUGCGGGUUGUCUUGUGGUUGAGUUACUUGGACGCCAGCCAUGGUCCAUUAGCGCUAACGCCAAUGCUUUUCAAGUCAUGUACCAAAUUUCAAAGAGUACUUCCAUGCCGACGGGAGUGCCGAAGAAAUGCCCCAAAAUGCUGUACGAUUUCUUUUCAAGGUGUUUUGAGCGUGAUGUACCAAAGCGUGCCACGGCAGCGGAACUGUUGGAACAUGAAUGGAUCAAAUGUCCGGAGUCUCAGCUGGAGGAGGUGCCACCAGACGAUGAGUGA